UGUCUCAGUGUCGCGACGCGAGGACGUGCUCCAGGCCGCGCGAGAGAGUCUCUUCUUCAUCGCGUCCGCAGUCGAUGUCUGGUGGUCUCUUGCAGGGCUUCUGUCGCCCCCACGGGCCGCCCACAUUCACGCCCCCCCGGACGCCCUGUCUUGCUGUGCGGACUGUGUUUAAUGGACAAACUUCCACGGUUUCAUCACUCCGGGAUCUCACGUGAAUCCCACAGAGUUUCGCGGAUUUCCAGAGCCGUUAAAUCUCGUGCUGUCCAUUCGCUGAAUAAUUCACACGCGCGCUAAAUUCAUUCUCGCCUCUCUGUGCUGUGAUUUCCAUGGACAACGCCGAGAUUUCCCUCGUCGCAGGGAGAAAAAAGCCGCAGUGGUGUAAAAGACUCCGAGACAGAGCUUAAGAGCGGAGGGAAAAAAGUGUGCGACCAUAGAAAUUGCGCCCAGGAGAUUCUUCUGCAUCACUAUUUGAUGAUUAUACCGAAACACAUAGGAAGAAAAGACCAUCAGAGUGAGUGAUUGUGAGUGAAUCACACUCUCUGUUCGCCCGGCAAACAACAUCUCUGUAGUCGCAACAAAUUAUUCAUUAACGUGCAAGUGGAGGGAAAAUUGCACAAGAGAGCGCGGUAAAAAGAGAACCCAGUCAAGAUGAAGAUGUCCAAAUUGUCCAAUCAGACCAACUCACAGGAUCCGCAGGCGGUAAAUUCUCGCAUUUUCGUGGGGAAUCUCAACACAUUUCAGUGCUCGAAAACGGACGUUGAGCGAAUGUUUCAGCGAUACGGUCGACUAGCCGGAAUCUCCAUGCACAAGGGUUACGCUUUCGUCCAAUUUACAAAUCCCUUCGAUGCCAGAAAUGCCUGCCAUGGAGAGGAUGGUCGUACCGUACUUAGCCAGACUUUAGAUGUUAACAUGGUUGCAGAGCCAAAGCCACAUCAGAUAGGCAGGAAGCGACAGAACGUCACCAAAACCGGAAAUGAUUGGGACUACUACUAUGACAGCUACUGUGCAUCAACGCUCCUGCCCACAAAUGCACCGCGCCCGAUAAAGCGCCAACGAUUAAUGGGACCACAGCAGCAGCAGCAACUGCAGCAGAAUCGCCUGACAGUGAGUGUCCAGCAAGUAAAUGGUAAAGUGAAUCUAUUGAGUAUUCAGCCGUCGCCACAGAAUCAGCAACAGCAGAUGAUUCUGCCGACAAGUCCACUCCCCAACGGUAGCCAUAAUCAUGCAAAUGGGCACAAUGGCGACGCAGUGGUGAAUGGGAGCGGAGAUGCCCAUGCCUCGCAGCAUCUCAGCAGUCAGCAAUUGUUCGAAACAUUCAAGGUCUACAGCAAUCCCGACACACUCAUCUGUGGCAACUGCCGGGAGAGUUUCAGCAAUCUCAGUGAUUUGUUGGACCACAAGAGGACCUACUGCAAACUCAGAUUCACAUGCAAAUGCCACCAGAUAUCGUCGGACAGGAAUUUCAGCAGCCAUCAGAAUCCGCUGCCCACAGCACGCCUGCUCUGCGUCGUGUGCAAGGAUCCCUUCUCCAAUCCCUGGGACUUGAUGGUGCACGCUCAGACAGCCCACAUGAUCAACAUCUACGAGCUGGGUCACGACGCUGGACCGCCGGCCGCCGCGACCAGCGAGGCAGCCGAGGCAGGAGCGUCCAAGGAAGACGUCCCGGCCAGCAAGGAUUCACCCGAAGUCGCCGAGGAGAAGGAGGACGCCGAUCCGGCAAAUCCAUCAUCGACGGAUGUUAAUUUAUACGAGGAGACUGCCUCAUCAUCAUCGCCCCCCUCGCCGGCCGCCGAGGAGGCCGCCGUGAAGCUGAACGGCUCCGCCGCGCCCCAGAAGGACUGCCGCGAAGGCUCGGCGUCUCCCAGGAUCGAAACACCGGCCAACACGCCGCACUCAAAGAAUCCCACCACUCUUGAGCUUGUCACCCCGACGACGCUGUAAAUUGCAGAGUGGCGAGAAAACACCCCCUCAGCGUCACUGCGAUGUAUCUUUAAGGCAUGACAUAAGAGAUAUAUACUCAAUAUUCUAAAUUGCUAUUCAUCACCUCGAAGGAGAAAACAUUGUGGAUCUAAUUGUGUACAUAUCAUUGCAACUAUUGCUGUAGACAUGGAGAUUGUGAGAUAUAUAUUUACCGGUUUAGAGCUGACAAAAUAGCAUAUAUAUACACACACAGCCCCCAAAAGUACAUCGGGAAAUUUAUACACCUUCGACUGGCCGCCAGCCGCCUUUUGCGCCCACGUGAUGAAGAAUGGCAGGUGAGCGGGAUAAAUUAUUCGCAUCAAAAUUGAAUUUUCAUGCAAAUAUGGAAUGGGCGAAGUGCAGAAGAAAGAGACCAAUGAAAAAAUCUCUAUUGAUUUAAAAAUUUUUCCCACGAGAUUAUUCUGCUCUCUCCUUCACUGUGUAAAUUUACCCCAGUCUUAAUACCCUGCUUAGGGAGUUCUGCUGAGAAUUCACACAGGAUAAAUUCUCAAUUAUAAUCCCAGUAGAAAGCUAAAAAUCAUCUCAAAAGUUCUUCUCUGACGACAGCCGGAGAGAGAAAAAAAAACCCACGAAGAGGAAAAAAUCUCUCACAUUGUAUGAUAUUUAAGAAGAUUUAGGAAUUAUUUUCGAGAUAUUUGUAUCUUAACCAUAGAAACAGUCGGAAAAAAAGUGUCGAAAGAGUAAAUCUGUAGGAGUUGAAUUUUUGUGAAAUUACACGCAAUUAAAGUGCAGUUAUGUAUAAAAAAAAGAAAUGAAAUUCAGAAGAAAUGGAAAAUGAAAACAUUAACAAGUGAUUUUAGUACUUUUGUAAAAUCUUUAAUAGUCAUCUCAUCACACGAACAUCACAACUAAAAACACGACGAUGCGAGAGAAAAAUUUAAACCAUCAUGCAAGGUAUUAUUUUAUGGAUAAAUAAUAAUAAUACAAGAAAGAGAAAAAUAUAUACAGUAAAAAAAAUCCGCUAUUAAUGACAAAGUAAAUCCAUUGAAUUUGUGAACUCUCACGGAUACAAUUGAGAUUUAUGCAGAUAUAUAUAUAUAUAUAAACUAUAUAAAUUAUUAUAUUGUUCCAUAAACAAAAUUAUUUAUCAAUUUUUCAAAUAAAUGUCCUCCAUAUUUACAGAAGUGA